AUGGCGGCCAACCAGAAUCACGAAUACACGGAGUGCAGCGUGCCUGCAGCAGCAAUGGAUCAGUACUUGGCGCAGCGCCAGCAGAUGAUCGACAAGGAGCAUUCACUCAGGCAUGACCAAGCCUUCCGACAGAGGGCAUCGCCUCUGGCCAAGAGGGCGGCGUGCAUUGUACAGAAUGUACGAGAGCGCGAGCUGAGAACAGUCUGGAAGCACGAGACGCGCCAUGACAUCUUUGGCGGCAUGUCCUUCACUCGUGCGCGCGACACAAUCCAUCAGACGACCCUGUGGAAGAUUGUACAAAGGCUGCCCAAGGGCUCCCUGCUCCAUGCACAUUUCGAAGCCAUGGUCGACAUGCCGUGGCUCCUCGACGAGGCGUUCAAGUAUCCUGGCCUCGCCAUCUUCUCAGACAAACCCCUUGUCGACGAAUCUGCCCGCGCGUCGGCAUUCAUCGAGUUUCAAUACGUGCCAGAUCUCGCCUCUGAAGUGGAACAUCAACUUUUCGAGGCCGACUACGUCCCUGGUUCCUACGUCCCGCUCCGGCAGGCGGCUCGCGACUUUCCCGGCGGCGACGCAGCCUUCAAGGCCUACCUUCUUUCCCGCAUCACCAUCACCGAUGAGGAGUCAACAGAAUACCACUCCGGCAUCGACGACGUGUGGCGAAAGUUUGCGUCAAUCUUCCCCGUCCUUAACGGCAUCGUCUUUUACGAGCCCAUCUUCCGCACCAUGCUGCGACGAACCCUCGAGCACCUCCUCCUCGACGGCAUCCAGUACAUUGACCUCAGAAUCGCCUUCCUCUUCAAGUGGACGAGGCAGUCAGGCGAGCCGGGCAAUCUUGAAGAUCUCAUCAGCACGUUCCAGGACGUUCUCGCGUCGUUCCAAGCCGCGCCAGAAGGCCACAAGCUCUGGGGCGGCAGGAUCAUCUGGACAACGCUGCGCAGCAUGCCGCCCGCCGAAAUCGAGACGUCGAUGAAGCAGUGCAUGGACCUGAAGAAGAAGUACCCCGACGUCAUCGCCGGCUUCGACCUCGUCGGCCAGGAGGGCCUCGGCCACACGCUGCUGCACCACCUGCCCCAGCUGCUCUGGUUCCGCGCCGAGUGCGACCGCCAGGGCCUCGACCUGCCGUUCUUCUUCCACGCGGGCGAGGUGCUCGGCGACGGCGACGAGCACGACAUGAACGUCGUCGACGCCGUGCUGCUCGGCACGAAGCGCAUCGGCCACGGCUACUCGCUGCACAAGCACCCGGAGACGAUGAGGCAGGUGCGCGAGCGGGACAUCUGCGUCGAGGUCUGCCCCAUCAGCAACGAGACGCUGCGCCUCAACGCGAGCAUCAUGGGCCAUCCGCUGCCCGCCAUGCUGGCGCAUGGUGUGCCGACCGUGCUCGCCAAUGACGAUCCCGGCGUGCUCGGCCACGGCGUCACGGGGUCGAGCCACGACUUUUAUCAGGUCAUUCAGGCCUUCCAGAAUGUCGGCCUCGAAGGCCUCGGCGAUAUCGCCGAGACGAGCGUCUGGUUUUCGGCCUUCCACGAUGGCCAGGGCGGUCCGGAAGCCAUCGGCUACGAGCAGGGCUCGCCUGGUGGAAUGAGGCGCAGGUGUGUGGAUGACUGGCGGAGGCAGUGGGAGGAAUUCUGUUCAUGGAUUGUGGCUGAGUAUGGAGAAGAGUGGGAGAACACAAACAGGUGA